UCCGGUUCGGAAUAUCGCACGGCAUCGUCGGCUGUUAUCAACCAUUCAAUUGUUACUUUGCGGCUCGCCUAUAUGGCUGGAUGCAUCCGGAUGCGAGUGCAAUUUCGCGAAAGCUGUAUUGAUAUAACAGAUAAAACAGUAAACGGCCAAAGUUCCCGCCUCAAGUUGAAAGUUAAAGAGGAAACCCGAGACUCCACUGAUUUACCUGACUCGGUGGAAUUUUAAUCACGGGCAUAAAACAGGUGCACGAGUCAUUUACACAUUCACAAGUUAUUUUUUCCUGCGUAAAGCAGUAUUUUCAGCGUGCAAUAAUAAUAAAUACCACCGCCAAAUUUCUUCAGAAUACACCGCAUCUGCACACGUUUCUUGAAAACCUGUUUUUCUGCCCACAUACUGCGGGAUAUCGCGAAAACACUCAAAAGCGCGAUUGCACGAUCAGAUGCCCUUUAAUGGUGUGCUUGGAAAAAGCUCAAGCAUUUUAACGGAAUGUGAAAAGGUCUGAAGAAAUUUCUCUCUUGAUUCUUUUCAAAACACACAAUGUGUGACAGACAGGUAUAAAAUAUUGUAUUUGACAAAAAUCAGCUACGAAUAUAUCAAGAGUAAUUGUUCUCCAACGUCAGCCUGAACACGUUUUAAAUUUCGACGGCUAGGAAGAAACGUAAAAAGUCACGUUCAAGAAUCGAAUGUCACGAAGGAGGAAAAAAAGGACGAGCGUCAUGUUCUCGGUUUCUAUCCUGCGAAACUGGAGAACCCGAGAAGUUGGUAAAACCGCGCUACCGCACUUUCUGGCGUCUCGCAUCCUAAAUAAAAGUCGGUAGUGCGACUUUCGGUCGUUAACUUUUAAGGAUGACAUAGUGACACACGCUCGCGCGCAGACACGAACUUUCUAUAAAUUUUCACCAACUUUUGCCGCUCCAUUUGUUAGCCUCCGCCGUGCAACAGAGAAUAUCGAUCGAAUUGUUAGUGCACGUCGACGCAACUUUUUCCAGCACCUCGGCGAUUAUGAUAAUAGCGAUGCGUUUUAGCGAGGGAUACGCGAGACGACAGGCGAGUGUCAUCAACAUAUAUCAGGAUAUGCGCAAGGUAGAAAAAUGAAGAGAACAGCGAGAGACCAAGACGAAAUUUCCAAGAAAUCUGCAUCCAGAUGAAAGAUUAGAAUUGAUGGAACGUAAUGAUUUUGAUCGAUUGUUUAUAUUCCCAGGCGCAGUAACUUUGAAAUUCUUAUUCUCUUCCGCCGAAUGGACUUCCUUUUAAAUCCAGCACUGAAGAAAGGUGCGAUAUGCCGGCCAGUAAUGCGAACGGGAAGACGAAAGAAAGAGAGAGAAAGAACGGAGACGAAGCGACCAACGUACAGGGCAAAAGUGCGAGAAAGCAAACGUCAAGGAGGAAGACGAUGAACGUGGAAGAGGAAUAGCACGUAGAACGACAGGCAUGAGGAUGGCAAGUGCGAGUGAGACGAUGAUGCGUGCGGCGGGGAUCGCUCCCGAAGCUCGCCCGGCUCCCCAAGUUAGUUAGCAGUCGAUGCGCGUACUCCACGCGGUCCGGACGUACGCAAGCUCCGUUCCUUCUCCGCCACGCUCAGUGCCGCUUUGUCAACGGCACGUCCAACGUUUAACGGAGGGAAAUUGCGGUUUCCGUUCGGCAGUGAAUUUCCUCGCCGAGCGGUUACACGCAGGUUGAGCGACCCGAAUUUUUACGAUUUCGAUGUGACGAGGUUCGCUCGGUCCUGAUUGGUUCUCCAAACCGUACGCGUCUUCGGAUUGUCGGAUCGUCUUGUUGGUAGCGCGAGAAUGCGACCCGUUGAAGAGUCACAGUAUACCUCGUAGAAGAGAUCUCGUUGAAGAAGUGACGAGCGAACCGAAAGUCGUAACAGUUUCUACAAGAAUUAUAAGAAGUCGAGGAGCGCUCCGGCGGGAAGGCGCGCGGCGGUAAACUAGCGCGUCGUGCGCGCUCCUUCAAGGAGGACUUUCUGGAGAAGCUCUCCCACAUGCGUUCCCCUGGUAGCGGAAGUGGCGGCGGCGGUGGUGGCGGUGGCGGUGGAGGCAGCGGUGCGGCCACGAGGGCUGCCUCGCCCUCGUCACCGCGUACGCCGCGGGACAAAAACGCUUCAGGCUGUAACGACUCCGGCACCACUCUGGACAAGAAUCCCCUGCGCGAUCUGCACAUCCACGUACGUCAGGUGCAGCUGGCACUGCUCCACUUCCGGGACGUCGUGUCUAAGAAGAAGCUCGAGAUGCUGCCCGGGAACGGCACGAUCGUCCUCGACACCAUCACCACGAUACAUAACGCGUUAAAGUCUUACCUGCUUUAUGAGAACAGCUCUACGUUGGGAUCCGCCACGAAUCAGGUGUAUCAGGCGUUAGCGCAAUUGCUGAAACUCUGCGACGAUGUGUUAUUGCACGGUGAUCAGUCAUCCGCUUUGGACACCGAGAACGUGACGCACGUUAUCGGACUGGUCGAAGAAGCGGUGAAAAAUCUGGUGGCCCUGGCGCACGAAAAGAUCGCUAACAAACAGAAACCGACGUCUGUUGCAAAUAAUAACAGAACUUCCGGAUAUGGAUCGGAAUUAACUCAAAGAAACUCCCUGCCGGAUAUACCUCUGACACCGAGAGAACGGCAGAUUUUGGAGCAAACGGCAGCGAGCAGCAGUUUGGUUCGCAGCUCGCAUAGUUCCGAGUCGAUCCUUCGGGAUUCUAGUCCACCUCCGAAGCCUCCGCUGCCAGACAGAACAAAUAUAUGUUUGUCGGAGGAAAAUAGCUCUUCUGGCACACCUCCUCCGUUACCGCCGAAGAGAAGAACGAGGACUCAACAACUCCUUGACGAGUCGGAGGGUCUUCUGGCAUCUAGUCUUGAUAGGGUAUCCCUUCGAAGUCGAUCCCCAGAGGAUUCGUCGUCUCUUCUCAGCGCAUCCGCGGGUAGUCUGGAUUCAGCUCUGAAUCAUUCCCGAGACGAGGACGAGAUUCGAGCUAUAAUGGGACCAAAUGACGAGUCUUUGAAUGAUAGUAUGGACCUAAGUCUCAUGGCUACUAUUCAAGGCAUGCAAGUCAAUGGUAAUUCAAACUGUAAUUGCUGGGAUGGUUCUGAAAGCAGCAUACCAAGUACCAUGUUGCUAGGCCAACAAACGCCUCAAGAAAUGCUUAGUGGUGUAGAAGGAAAAAUGGAACGACUGUCCACUCAAACGCAAGAAUCGGGAUUUGUCUCUAUGCAUUCUCAAAGAAGUUCGUCUCAGAGUUAUACCACCGGAUCCAGUAUGACAUCCAAGAGGUCGUCGCAGCAGAGCAGCGUUAGUUAUAAUUCUCAAUCAUUUAGCAGCCAGCAACAGUCGUUUUCUCAAAGCAAAUUAUCAUCGGACAGUAACGGCUCUAUUUUUACACAAAAGACGAUGACUAGUUCGAAAAGUACUAUCAGCACAACAAAUACAUCCGGAAAUGGGGACCCAGCUUUAUUAGAGAAACUGGUAAAUGAAAUGGAAUCAACAGUUGCGUCCGACACGAAUGGCACGAACGUACCACCGGCAUUACCAGAAAAGCGAUCUAGACGAAGAAAGGAACGACAGCCAUCGCAGUACGAUAAUGUUCCAGAGAACGAGCAUCUAUCCACGUGUACUCUGCAUACCAGUAACGGCGACAGUCCGGAUACCAACAAACCGCCUCCUUUGCCUUUAAAGAAACGUCAUAUGUUCCAAUCAGUGGCAUAUUCUGUCAUGGCGUACAUGGAGAUGUUCGGAAACUGCUCCCACAGUAAUAAUGAUUUCAUCUCCGGUCUCGGCACUCGUCAUUCUGUAGCAGCCUAUAAUUCGAUGCAAGCGGAAUGGCAGCAGCACGAGAUGUCCCUUACCACUACCCAAUCGUGUUCCUUCAUGGCGCACACCAUAACCGCUCUACGUGAUAGCUCAAGCCUUUCUACAACCACAGCCCCCACUCUAGUAGAAGUAACAAAUAAUUCUAGUCUGCCCCCGGCAUUACCACCAAAGAGAUCUCGUUCCAUCAAAUCAAAUGCCACACCUCCGCCGAUAUCGCCGAAACCCACAAUCAGCAUGCAGAGUAUUCAUAAUUCGGAUCCGCUUGUGACAUCGACACCGGCGAAACCAGCAGAGGAGCCAGCAUGCACGCACGAAAAGAAAGACGUUACACCUUCCACUCCAGUCAAACUGAAUAAUAAUGUUAUCGUGGACACAGUGCUACCAUCGUCGAGACCCGCUAGUAACGCGCUUUCCUCCAUAUCAGUUGAUGAAAAUACUCUUGAAUUAAGGGAUAUCGAUCAGGAUGAUAGCAUAUUGGAUGAGUUAGACAUUAAUAAACACUUGGUAUUGAAAAAACCAGAUGAGGAGGGUCCAGAUAUACGCGGUGGACAUCCGGAUGCGCUAUUAAUUCAUGCCACAAAAGCUAACAAACAUGAUGAAAAGGAAUCAGACUUUCUGUAUCAAGAAGCGUUUUUAACGACGUACAGAACGUUCAUACAGCCGCUAGAGUUAAUUCGGAAACUACACAGGCGUCAUCAACGUUUCUCAUGUUCUCCGGACGUUGUGAAGCAAAGGGCAGCGCGAGAAGCGUUUUCUUUAUUAGUUCGAGUCGUUAGUGAUUUAACAAUAUCUGAUCUCGACGACGUUCUUCUGCAAACUUUAAUGGAGUUCGUGCAGCAGUUAGUUUGCAGCGGGGAUCUCACAAUGGCGAAGGCAUUGCGAGUGAAAAUUUUAGAGAAGCACACGAUGAAGCAGUUACAAGCGACACAACCGAUUCUCUCGUCUCUAAGCGUAACAACGAAACAGGCUUCCUUGUUGGACUUUAAGAGCGAACAGAUCGCCGAGCAAAUGACGCUACUCGACGCCGAUCUGUUUAUGAAAAUCGAAAUUCCGGAGGUGCUUAUUUGGGCGCAGGAACAAAACGAGGAACGAAGUCCGAAUCUCACGAGAUUUACCGAGCACUUCAAUAAGAUGUCGUAUUGGGCACGGUCCAGGAUAUUGGAGCACCGAUUAGAAAAUGAGGCGAAAGAUCGAGAGAAAUACGUCGUGAAAUUCAUCAAGAUAAUGAAACACCUUAGGAAGAUCAAUAACUUUAACAGUUAUCUCGCGUUGUUAUCCGCACUGGACAGUGCACCCAUUAGGAGACUCGAGUGGCAGAAGCACAUCACGGAAGGUCUUAAGGAGUAUUGCGCUCUCAUCGAUAGCUCCAGCAGUUUUCGAGCGUAUAGGCAGGCUCUGGCGGAAACACAACCACCGUGCAUUCCUUAUAUCGGACUCGUUUUGCAAGACCUUACGUUUGUGCAUAUUGGAAAUAGCGAUUUAUUACCAGAUGGCACUAUAAAUUUCUCCAAAAGAUGGCAACAAUUCAACAUUGUUGAAAAUAUGAAAAGAUUUAAGAAAGGCAUGUACUCCUUCAAAAAGCACGAGCGCAUCAUAACGUUUUUCAACAACUUUAGCGAUUUCCUCUGUGAGGAGGCGAUGUGGCAGAUCUCCGAAAGCAUCAAGCCACGCGGUGGCAAGAAAGCGCAGCCGCAAAACUAGAAUAUAUCUAACCCUUUCACUGCCUGCGUCGCGAAAUCGAACGGUUGAAACGGCUGAAUUAAGACAUUUAUAUUACAUAGAUGUGUGCUUUUUUGCGGAAAAACGAGAUGAAUGCUCCGAUGCUCUAAGAGAGAGAGAGAGAGAGAGUGGGGGUGAAAGGGUUAGCGAGUCUAUCCCACUUGAACAGCCUCUGUGAGGUUGUAUCCUAUUAUAUCAUUCAAAAUUUUAGUAUGCAAACGUGUGAACUCUGUAUUUAGCAGACUCGAUAUAUAUAUAGCGUAAUACACACAUCGUUUAUCCUAACGUAAUUUCGUUUGCGAAACUGGAGAUCGAAACGCAGAUUCGUCGAUAGAAUACAAUUUCGGAACAAAAAUUUGUAUCUGCCCCUGCAUUUUUGGUAGCCCUUUCGUUUGCCGCGAACCGAUUAGUAAGUAUUUGAAAAUAUCAAACUUGUCUACGAUUAUAACAAUGUUUAUCCUGAUAUUAAUGAGAAAAAUGACCCCCGAUCUUCAGCUGUUCUGUAGGUAUAUUUAAGAAAUAUUUAUUUAUUUCGCCCUCACUAGCGAAUUGUAUAAAGUAGUACGUGUUUGUUUGUUUGUUUUUUUUUUUAACUUAUUUAGGUGUAUGUGAACGUCCAUUUCUAGCUUUAUGUAGGUAGUGAAUUUUCGAGCGUCAACAGAACACUGUUGAUUACACAAGGAUGAACACCAAUUACGUUGAUUAAUGUAGAACCAUCGUGAUCUCGUUUUAGCGCUCUGGUACGCGCGUAUCGGGACACAUGGUAUGACUGAGCGCAACUGUUACAUAUACUAUUGUAUAUGAUGAUAGAAAAAAAAAACACUUUUUUGUUGGCAACUUGUUAAUAAGUAUCCGAGCUCUCACCUUUAAACCGUAUAAUUAUCUAGCAACUAGAUAAACUGGUAUGAACCUUAUUUGGAACGAGCAGUUGAUUUUCUCCAAAUUCUUAAUUUAGCCCAAUAAUUUGUCGUAGCUUUUAGCAUUUUUGUUUUUUAAAUAAUUUAGUAAAAACCAAAUGAAACUCUGAAAAUAUUUAACACUAACACAACACUUGAUAAUACUCUUCAUGUGGAACGAUGGUAAAUUAAAAUAUUCUACUGCAUCUUCUUGCAUUUCUUUUGAGCAUUUAAUAUCAAAUCGAUAAAUCUAUCCUGAGAUCGAACGGUGAAAAAUGUUGCCAUGUAAGAAUGAUGAAAUAAGUUAUGAAGAAGUUAUUUCAUCAUUAUGCAGCAGUUUGCGUGCCUCGUCUUACAGAAUGAAUCAAGUGAAUGAAUCCGCCUGUUUGACCUCUCUUUAGUUUGAAAAAGAAUGUUUUACUCUCUUAUAAUAAUAGUUAGGAGAAAUAUAAAUCACAUAAUUCACUGAUUCCGAAAUCUCGUGUGCACGCGUACUACGUACACGCGAUGAUUCGUAACGUUUAGUGAUACCUAUAGCAACAAGAAGAAGGCCUAAGUAUUUAGUUAACAAUUGACAUCGUUCUAGUACAAAACACGGGUAAUAACAAUCCAGAUAACUUAAUUGCCAGGAUAAAUACGCGAAAUUUUAAAGAGUAGUUCCAAAGCUGCCAUAAGGAAAGAAAUAUCUAGAGAAGUUAGUGUCAAUAGUUUGAAUUUUGAAAACCAAGUAAACUCUUAUCCGCAGAUUUAGAUAGAAAAUCUGAGUAGAUUUCUUUAUCCUUGACAUUCGCGGUUAGGCGAUACCUGUAACAAUUAUGUGUGUGGCAAGAGGAAAAUUCCUAUCUCAAAAAGAGAUGUGAUAUAAUUGGCUAAUGGAUAUGCAGUAUAAAGAAAAUUGUACAUAACGUUACGUUUAUUUAUACCACUUAUUUGCGAUACAAGUCACCGUUUGGAUGAUCGUAGAAUCUUUAAAAGAAAUAACGCGACGUACGACGAGCGUAUAGCAGCAAUAGUACGUACCGCUAGUACUAUUCCCGUAAAUAUUCGGUUUUACACCAAUGCAUGAAUGAACGCGAAUGCAUGUCUUGUGUUUCGUUCACUCCAAUUAACGUCGAAUGAUUUAUUUGAUAUAAAUAUAAGCAGAGAUCUAUUAACUGUAAAUAAUUUAAUUGCACACAUAAUUUUAUGAAUUUUACGCGCGUCUAUCCGUCGUUAUAACGAUAAUUGUAAAUGUACAGUGCAUUGUAUCGAGAUAGUAUCUUUUAAGUUGAUCAAAUCAUUGUGAUUUCAUAUUAUUACAUUCGCAGAUAACGCAUGCAUGAUUCUUUUUAUAUCGUUUUUUGGUUUAUUGCGAAAUUAGACGUAAGCAAUCAUAUAUAAUCGACUUGUGUAUUUCAUUCGUUCCUCUUUUAUUCUUCUUUCUAUCACUAUUAUAUUCUUGAGGCAGCUGUUACACAUACUUUUACACGUAGGCUCCUUAGCCCUUACCUUCCAACGUUAAUAUACGACUGUUUAUAUUUUGUACAAUAUUUUUUGGAAAUUCUGGUAAUAGUUGACAGGCUUCCCUAAAACAAUUGUACGCAUUGGUAUUACAUUAUAAUUUCGAUAAUCGCACAAAGAUUUUGUUAGACUAUUGGCAGAAUUUCCUCUUUACAUAUUACACAAACGAAUACAUAAGCAAAUAAUUUUAAGCAUUAUAUUACCAAAAUACGAGUGAGAUGAUCCAUUGAAUGUGCAACGAAGAAAUUAGACUCGAUUUACUGAUUAGAUAGGGAAUUAAACUGCUUUGCAAGUAGGAAAAUUGAGUUGCUAAGAAGAUGAAACAAUUACUGCAGCCGCUUUCUUCUUACGCUCGAUACUUGACUAUAAAACUAUAGAGUAGACAGUAACGUAACUAUCUUUUUCUAUACUUUGCUGGGUGUCUUAGCUUCUCAAAGGGAGACAGUCUGAAAUGAAAAAUGGACUCUAAAGCAAUUUAAAAAAAAAACAGCUGUUAACUUUAAAGUUACAAUUGAACACAUGGUACCGUGUCAUUUUAUCGCAUAUACUCAGAUUUAAAGGUGAGGUUUAUUUGUACUUUUGACGAUCAAUCGUACAAUAUCUAAUAUUACAUUGUACAUAUGCAUAUGUUGUUAAUCUAGUCUAAUGAUGGAACGAACUAUAUUGUCAAUAUUUAAAUGUACGUACUUCGGCAUGCGCGUGCGCGCGCGCAAACACAUGCACACAUACACAUCUAAGCGCUUCAAAUUAAAAAAAAAGAAACAAAAAACUAGUUUCUAGAAAUGGGCUUGUAUCGAAAUUAUUUUGCUCUGUUGCUGCACGUGGGCUUCCCUCUUUCGGUCAAGCAUAUAUUCGUUUUAUGCAUGAUCGAAACUCAAUAAAAUUGAAUCAAAUAACUCUCGCCGAAUAUAUGGAUCGACGUUCUUCUACGUGUACUGUUAAAAUGGGAAGUGAUAAUGACGUUCGCGCAAAUCGAUGCGAGCGGGCACCGCGGAAACGUUCGCGUUGCGAUACCUCGCGUCAAUUUGGGCGGCUCUCCAUUCCUAGCAAAUACCGAUAAGUACCAAAACAAGUAAUAAUCGCUUGAUGUGUUACCAGUCUUUUGUCGAAAGAUAAAUAUAUAUAUAAAUAUAUAUAUGUAACUUCGCACUUACAUAUAGAUCUCACGCGGUAAGUAGAAAGUAUAACACGCAUAAAAGUAUUGACGCUUCGUUGAUUUGUGUUUCAUCAAGAUAUUUAUUAUUACAGCAGAAAGAUAACAUAUCUAUCAAUCACUACUUGUAGGGCAGUAAACUAACUAGUUAAAAAAAAAGAAGUAAAGGAGAAAAGAUCGAAAGCGAAGUAAGAAGUGUAUUAAGAUGUCGUAAUUAAAAUACAUAAUUUUAAUGGUCCAGAAAUUUACUUAAUUAAUUACGCUACGCAAUCACAAGCAAGAUGAUUAAGUAUUGAACAGGGGAAAAGAUUGUAAUAUAAAUCUUCCAUUACGUAUACAUACAUAUACAUAUAUAUAUAUAUACAGCGCAGAAAAUCUAAUUAGACAUAUUUUGUUUUAUUAGUAGAGAUUAUCGUUAAUUUCCGUUGGAAAUUAAUUUUAUUGGAAAUGCAAAAUUAAUUGUAAUUAAAAAUAUACAUAUAUUUAAAAUACACAUUCGAUCCAUGUGGAGGAUACAGAUCUAAAUUUGCGUACAACAUUCUAAUGUUCAUGUAUUGAACUCUAGUCAAUAAUUCAGUCUGGCAAAAAAAAAAUACAAAAGAAAGUAUUACAGAACGACUGAUAGCCAAUAUUUGAAAUGUUCAGAUCUUGAGUAUUAUAAGCAAUAUCUCGUUGCAUUUAAUAAGCAAUUCCUUCGGACUCGUCUCAUUUAAAUACAGCUGGUUUGCACAAUUUUGUCGUACGAUAAAAAUGUGUAACGUUUGAAAUUCUUUAACACACAUUGUACAUCUUAUGUCUUAAGAUGUGAAAUCCAGAUACGAGUUUUCUGAAUGAUUUUCUGGUACUUGCAGUAUUGCAUCUUCGUAUGCAUCGUGAAACGCAUAUUUAAUGAUGUCUGGCAAAAACAAAAACAAAAGAGGUAUUUUAUUGUUAAACGUUGGACCGAAGGCAGAAAUACAGGCAUUGAAAUACUAUUCACGGAAUAUGUGUGUCUUUUCCACAAAGAUUUUAUGUAAUUACCAAACAUCGUAAUGAGAUAUGUAAUCAUCGAAAAUAACGGAAACAAACAAUUGAUUAAGCAUAUCAUUUGUAAGUACAUGAUAUUACUAAGUGUUGUAUAUUCGACGUCUUUCUUAACUACACUGUAACGAUAGUUGUGACAGAUUUUAACUGAUACACGGAGAUAUAUUGCGCUCACGCAUUUCAUUGUACAAUUUAUUCCGUAGCCUAUCAUCAUAUUUUUCUAUCUAUAUUUUUAGUACACGUCGUAUACAUACACCGUAAUGUACGUCCUGCGACGCGAUGGACACAAUUUGUAUGAAAAUCUUCCCAUGUAUUAAUGAAAUUAAUAUUCAUUCAUAAUCAUUACACAAAGUAUUACAGAUAUAUUUUUUCUCCUUCAUUUACAUUAUGAAUAUAUUGAACAUUUGUAUGCAUAAAAGUUUUGGAUCGUGUUAUUGCUUUCUUUGUAAUGAAUGUAUGAAGAAGUGAAAUAAAAAUGUGUUAGUCGAUGGUA